AUGGCGCAUGUGGAUGCUCAGAAGCUUUACUCGGUGUAUGCCAAUGUCUAUGAUGUGACCAGGAGCAAUGACGUGAAAUUGUUCAAGGCAGUUUUCGCACACUGCUGGGCGCCAGUGAAGUUCGGUGGCAUUUUUCAUGUGGGAGUGCAAGUCGGCAGCACAGAGUGGGCUUUUGGGAAGAUGCUGAGCUCGACAAAGCCCGGUGUGUUUGGCAUCCCACCACGACAGGACACCCUGCACAGCUACAGGAAGACGAUCUUCGUAGGGUACACAAAUUUGUCCCAGCGGGAGUACAACGCCAUGAUCAGGGACAUUGUCGAGGAUGACCCUGGUACGUCCUACGACGUCCUCCAACGCAAUUGUAUUCACUUCGCGGAGGACUUCUGCCACCGCUUGAAGCUGAAAGCCCUCCCAGAGUGGAUCAGUAGAUUCGCAAGAUACGGAAGCUCCACGGCUGAAAAUGUCAGCGAAACACCAACAUGGUUCAGUUCUUUCGCAUCGUGCUGGCCAGGAGAAUCGACAGAGAGAUUCUCCAUCCCGGAAGCAUUGCCUGCGACUGCCAGUCACAGGCAAUGUUUCCGGGCUGCUACGAUGACGGUGGCCCCCCUGUGA